AUGUUAUGGAGUUUUGUCUGUGCUGAGGAAGUUACGCAACUUAGUGCCAUUCCACGUUCGAAAACAGCUAGGAGAAAGCCUGAUCUUAUUGAAAUUGGACUAUUCGUGUGUUGUGUUUCACCCACUACAACUAUACCAACAGAAGCAACUACAGAAAGUCCAAAACGUAUGCGCAAGUUUCGUAUUAGGACGUUACGUACGAGAAGCAGAUUCUCUACAAUUGGGUGGCUCCCAGUAGCUGAGCGAAGACAGUUUCAAGUGCUUCUAUCUGCAUUUAAAGCUUUGUACUUUAAUAAUUGGCCUGAAUAUAUUAAGGUAGAUCAGUAUGUACCAGGACGAACUCUACGAUCAUCAUCACAAAUCCAACUUGAAGUGCCAACCGAAAGUGGAACAUUUCAGGACAGUGCUGCAGCUGCAUUUAACUCUCUGGCAGAUAGUUUGCAAAAUUGCAAAGAUUUCAACUUUUUUAGAACAAGUGUGAAAGUCUAUCUCACAGACUUGGCCCAUGAGAGGCUCGGGCCGGGGUAUAAAUGA